AUGAUUGUUUUUUGUAUAGACACAGAUAAACGUCAAUUUUUCAAAACAGGUAUCUUAGUUUGGUUAACACUACAGAAUUCAGUACAUACAUUGCUGCUACGAUACUCACGUGCGCGAAAUGUUGAAAAAUUAUUCUUGUCAUCUGUUGCUGUAUUUUUCACUGAAAUAUUCAAAAUUAUUUUAUGCUUUAUUGGAGUUUUCUACGACGAAGCAUUUAAACUAACUAGGCGACAAGUCUUUAACAAUCCGUGGGAUACUGCUAAAGUAUGCCUGCCAGCACUGAUAUAUACCGUGCAAAACAACCUUUUCUACCUUGCAGCAACGCAUUUAGAAGCGGCGACAUUUAUGGUGACGUCGCAGUUGAAAAUUUUUACUACAGCGAUUUUCUCGAUGAUAAUGCUGAAAAGAUCGCUAAAUCGGAUACAGUGGAUUGCAUUGGCUGCUCUGUUUUUCGGGGUUAGUUUGGUACAAACGCAACAAAGUAGCAACAUUAGGUGCUAUUUAGGUUUUCUCGCUGUUGUUUUCGCUAGCACUUUGUCGGGUUUUGCUGGAGUUUAUUUUGAAAAAAUACUGAAAGGUACUGCUCCAGUUUCAGUUUGGAUGCGAAAUAUUCAAAUGGCAAUGUUUGCAAUUCCAUCGAGUCUAAUUGCUGCACUGAUUCAGGUGAGCAUAAUUCGCACUGAAGGAAUGCUAUACGGCUUUGAUGAAGUAGCUUGGAUAACAUCAUUUUGGUACUGUGUUGGAGGGCUUUCUGUUGCUGUCUGUAUAAAGUACGCUGAUAAUAUAGCAAAAAAUUUUGCUACAUCAGUGGCGAUAAUAUUAAGCACAGUCGGUAGUUUUUACUUGUUUGGAUUUAUACCGACGGUUUUAUUUAUUUGGGGGGCUGGACUAGUAAUUUUAAGUAUCUUUUUGUUCUCUUUGCAUACAUCUUAUUUAGAGCUUCAUGGCGGAUAUUCUGUUGUCAUUUUACUUGUCUAG